AUGGUCCCUAAGCUGGCAUGGACCAAGUACGAAAGUGGCCGACAAGUGGAGCUUAUGACGCCGAGCUGCCAUGGCAUGGAUGCAGUGGAUGACCUGCAGUGGCAGCUGUGUAGGGGGCUGGCGGGGAGGAUGUGCAAGGUGGUGUUCUGGUGCAUGCAACGGCAAUCGAAGGCGAAGCCGCCUAUGGGCGCGGUGGUGAAGAUGCUGGAGGGAGAGAUGUACAUUGCUUUGCCGGCGAACCCGCUGUUCCGGCAUCUUAUGGUCGAUGUGCCGGCAGAAAAUCUUUGGAUGACAAUGACGAGCAGCGUAAACACAACAUCAGCGUUGGAAAAUGAUACUAGGAGUAUUUCUCAAGGUGGCAACGAGAUCACCUCGCUUUGA